AUGGCUUCCGGGCGCCCCUGGCUGCUGCUGGCCCUCGCCCUCGCCCUGCCGCUGGCCGCCGCUCGUGGGCCCUGGACCAGGGCCAGCACCUCGUGCCACAUGGCGGCCACGGGCAGCCGCGCCCGGUUCCGCAGUUUCCUGUGGCGGCGGCCCGACGGGGCGCCGCCGGUGCUGCUCCAAGGCGCGUGGGACGCGCGCGGGCACCUGCUGGGCUGCGCCUGGCGCGCGGAGCCGGCGCUGACCGCCUCGUACCGGCAGUCCUGCGCGCAGCUGCCUGUGCCGGGCGGCGGCCCUCUGGAGCGCGCCUUUUGGGGCCCGGCACUCCGGCGCGAUCUGGAGGUCUUGGCUGAGCAGAAGGACUCCUGCUGGGGAGCGCAGCGGCCGGGCCCGAGCGGGGGCGGGAGGGCCAAGCGAGCGGCGGCGCCGGCGGCGGGAGCAGGCAGACGCAAGCGGGUCCGACGCGGCUGGACCAUGCCGGGGACGCUGUGGUGCGGCGCGGGCGACUCGGCGGGCAACUUUUCCGAGCUGGGGGUUUUCCAGGGCCCAGAUGUUUGCUGUCGAGAACAUGACCAGUGUGAAGCUCAGAUAGCUGCCCUGGGAUACAAGUAUGGGAUGCGCAAUUACCGAUUCCACACCAUCUCUCACUGUGACUGUGAUGCUCGGUUCCGGCAGUGCCUGAUGAGCCUCAAUGACACCAUCUCCAACUUCAUCGGCAUCAGCUUCUUCAACCUGCUGGAAGUCCCGUGCUUUGUCCUGGAGGAGAGCGAAGAGUGUGUGGAGUGGCACUGGUGGGGCGGGUGUAAGAGGUACGGCCCAAUGCCUUUGGCGCACCUGGUUGAACAGAACCACUACCAACCUGUCCUGCCAUUCACUGAGAACUCUGACAUGGCUGCGUCUCCUCCUCCCCGUCCUGGAAGGCAUAGGGGCAAGGGCAGGAAGCGCGGUCGAAAGAACCACCGGAAGCGCCCUGGGCAGGAGGCUGCUGAGAGACAGAGGCUGGAUCAAGAACAGGACAGGGGGCAGGAUUUGAUCUCUCCACAGAUCCCUGUUUCCAGGCUAGAUCUGAACAGAUCCUCUCAAGCACCCACAAGCCCGAGGACUAUCUCUGCCACCAGGGGAACCAUGGCCUUGUUACCUGCCUUUGGGGCUACAGCAGAACCAGGUCUGUUGAAGACGGGGGCUACUCCCUCGGUGGAGCAUCUGGGCACCCAGCCAGCCCAUCUGAAUGAAACCAGGCAGCCCAGUGUGGUGAUGCAGACAGAGAAACCAUUCUGGGUCACCAGCAGACACAGAUACACCACUGUGCCAGGAAGCCCAGCUCCAUCACAGAGCUGUAACUGCUACAGGCGCCUGGAUCAAUGCCCGUACAGGAUAGCACCCAACGAAGUCAAGUACCACCUGCACAACUUGGACUUCCGCACUCUCUUCCACUGCAACUGCACCCGCAGGUUGGCCCGGUUCCUACGCAAGACGAAGGGUCCCAAUGAGGUGGAGGAGGAGGUCCUGUCUGACUACGUCUCCUCCUCCUGUUUUCUGUUCCAAGCCCCGCCGGGCUGCAUGGCGGGAGAGAAAGAGCACCUCAAUUGCAUCGACGUAGGCAGAGCCAUCUUGGCCCCUGCCCGCCAUCUCACUAACAGGCUGACGCGGAAACAACCAGGUGCCUCCUUCAAGGUGAAGCGGCAAGAACGGACACCACCGGGCAGGCCUGUCCAGCUAUAUGAAAAGUGUAUGCAGUUGGCAAAGGCCCCGCACCCCACCAUGCCCCGCUGAGCUGGAGACAGAAUUUCCAAGUGGACGUGGUGAAUGUGGUGGGUAGAGAAAGGCCUAGCAAUGGGCCAUCUCCAAUUCAGGCCCCAGAUUGACUGAGCUUCCCUGGUGGAACGCACACUGCUCCAGGGCCUGCUGUGACUUUUGGACUGCCUCUAUUGUUCUGCUGGACUGUAUCACUAGGAGUAGCAAAAGAACCCCUCUUUGGGGGCAAAGCACAGGAAUUACCUCCACAGACACAAAAUCUGUGCUCCCCAUCUGCUCCUCACCUCAAGUCUUGAAU